AUGGCAGACAACAGUAACCCGGAAGUGCCCGGUCAAAGCCCAAACGACAGUGACAAAGCCUCCGACGAGGGUUCAGAAUGGCAAGAUAUCAACGAUACUCCCUCAAUAGACUUUGUCACCCUUGGCAUGUUCAUCAUCGAUGAAAUCGAGUAUCCUCCACCCCGUCCGCCAUCCACCAACGUCCUCGGAGGCGCCGGUUCCUACUCCGCCCUCGGCGCCCGCCUGUUCUCCCCAGCCUCGGACCUCUCCCGCACCGUAGGCUGGAUCGUCGACCAGGGCUCCGAUUUUCCCCAAGCCAUCACGGAUCUCAUCAACGGGUGGUCCACCUCUGCCGUGUUCCGCCAUGAUCCGAGCCGGCUCACCACCCGGGGCUGGAACGGCUACGUGGACUCCUCGGAGCGUCGCGAGUUCAAGUACACCACGCCCAAGAAACGACUAACGGCUGCUGACCUGACCGGAACCCCUUUACUAAAGGCCAAGGCGGUGCACAUGGUUUGCAGUCCUAACCGCUGCAAAGAGUUAGUGGAGGAGAUCAUCACGCUUCGCAAGCGUGAGGCUCGACUUGCCGCCGCCUCCAGGCAAAAAGACGACGACGAUGAGGACGACGAUGACAAAGACGGCUACACCCGCCCUCUAAUAAUCUGGGAACCAGUCCCCGACCUCUGCACACCCUUCGAACUUUUAAACUGCACCAACGCCCUGCCCCUCAUCGACAUUUGCUCCCCUAACCACGCCGAACUAGCCGGGUUCAUGGGCACGGACGGGCUCGACCCGGAGACGGGCCAGAUCAGCGUCGAGCAAGUCGAAAGGAACUGCGAGCAGCUGCUGGCUAGCAUGCCACUAACAACAUAUACGCUGGUGGUCAGGGCGGGCGAAAAGGGGUGUUAUGUUGCUAGGAACGGCGGGCGGAAGAGGAAACAGCAACAACCCAUGAAAAAGGGGAAGAAAAAGAAGGCGGUGGUAGGCUUAGACGCCCGCAACUUCCACGGCGGUCUCCAACCAGACACAGACAUGAUGUCUCUCUUCGCCGGCCUGUUGCAGGACAUGCAAGAUCGCGAUAACGAAGAUGACCCGUUCGGUCGGUUCGAUGAUACUGAACAAGAUGGGGGCAUCGAGGUCGAUCCGGGGAUAGAGAGGUGGUUAUCUGCUUAUCACACGGACGCGUCCAAGGUGGUGGAUCCCACGGGCGGUGGAAAUACAUUUCUGGGAGGGCUGGGGGUGGCGCUUGCUAGGGGGAAGAGUAUCGAGGAGGCGUGCGCGUGGGGUAGCGUGGCGGCCAGUUUCGCGAUUGAGCAGGUGGGCGUGCCGGAGCUAGGGAGGGAUGGCGAGGGGAGGGAGGUUUGGAAUGGGGAGAGGGUGGAGGAGAGGUUGAGGGGGUACGUGGAGAGGGUUGGGUUGAUGAUCUGA